AUGCAGCAAGGGCAACCAGUUGCGUAUGCGUCCAGAGCGUUAUCUCAGACUGAACAACGCUAUGCCCAAAUUGAGAAAGAAUGUUUGGCAAUAGUGUUUGCAUGUGAGCAUUUCGAUCAAUACAUCUAUGGCAGAGACCUUGUGACAGUCCAGUCUGAUCACAAGCCCUUGGAGACAAUUUUCAAGAAAUCCUUAUUAGCAGCUCCAAAACGUCUUCAAAGGAUGCUACUUCGUCUCCAGAAGUACAAUCUACGAGUAACAUACACCAAGGGAAGCGAACUUUACAUAGCAGACACUCUGUCCAGAGCCUUUGUGACAGAUACUGAAUACAUUUUCAACGUAUUUUCGCAAGAAAUCUCACAGAUUAAUCAAAGUGAAUGGAUUCCAAAGAUCAGCCAUGCAAGAUUUCAGCAGAUCAGAGAGAUGACUAACAGUGAUCCAGUACUACAAACACUCAAGACUGUCAUACUUACCGGCUGGAAUGACCGUCAAGAAGAUGUCCCAGUAGCAGUCAGAGACUAUUGGAACAUACGUGAUGAGUUAUCGGCUCAGGAUGGAUUGAUCUAUAAGAGCAACAGAGUCGUGAUACCAAAAGUUCUUCGCCCUGAGAUGCUCAGUAGAAUUCAUUCAAGUCACCUUGGAACUGAAGCAUGUUUAAGGAAGGCAAGAGAUGCAGUUUUUUGGCCUAAUAUGUCAGCUGAGCUACGCGACUUCAUAUCAAAGUGCAGCACUUGCAACAAAAUGCAGGACCAACAAUCAAGGCAGCCUCUUAUCACACAUGAUGUACCAAAAAUACCAUGGACAAAGUUAGGAGUUGAUAUCUUCACUUACCAAAACCAAGACUAUCUAGUUACUGUGGACUAUUUUAGUGAUUUCUUUGAGCUAGAUAUCCUAACAGACACAUCAGCAAUGACCGUAAUAGAUUGUCUCAAGCAACAGUUUGCUCGCCAUGGGAUUCCGGAUACCGUUAUUUCUGAUAAUGGACCUCAGUUUAAAUCUGCAGACUUUCACACCUUUGCUUGUGAUUGGGAAUUUGAACAUUCUACUUCAUCACCGUAUCACAGCCAAUCUAAUGGCAAGGCGGAAUCUGCUGUGAAAAUUGAAAAGAAAUUAGUGAAGAAGUGUAUUUCUAGCAAGACUGAUAUCUGGAAAGCAAUUCUAGAUUGGCGAAACACUCCUACAAAGGAUAUGAAUUGUAGUCCCGUCCAAAGACUGAUGUCUAGGAGGACAAGACAUUCCUUACCAACAGCCGCUGCUCUACUUGAACCAAAUAUCAGCACAAAUACCCAUGAAAAGAUCAUUCGUAAGAGACAACUUUCAAAACAGCAGUAUGACAAACACACUAAGGACCUUCCAGAACUACAGAUUGGACAAAACGUUCGAAUGAAGAAACACCCGAAUGAUAAAUACUGGCAGUUUGGAACAUGUACCCAGUCUCUCGGGAACAGGUCAUACCUCAUCGACUUAGAUGGAAAGUCAUACCGCAGAAACAGAAGAGAGAUGCGCCCAACCAAGGAGGCUCAUGAUGCAGAAAGAACAGAUCCUUUACCCUACAAGCCAGAGGAUGAUCCACCCAUGAUUACAAAUGAACGUCCCCAUAACGAGAGUGUGAAGCAGCCUAUUGCUCCAGAACCACAAACCGCAUUGGGAUCUUCUAGAGAGACUAUCACAUCUCCCGCAAGUGACAAUAAUUGUGCAGUGAAUGCUUCAACUAAAUUGCGUGGCAGCUCAAGAAUUGCCAGAUUACCAUCAAAGUUCAAGGACUUCAUUAUGAAUUAA